CGAUGGCGCCGUCGCCGACGUGCGCGAAGAAGCGAAAGACCGCGACCGAUGGCGUGGAUGCGUGCGUCGUCCUCGACUACGGGUCGCAGUACACGCAAUUGAUCACGCGACGCGUGCGCGAGCUCGGCGUGUACUCGAUCUUGCUGCCGGGGGAUGCGGAUUUGAAGCGGAUCGAGAGCCACGCGCCGAGGGUGAUCGUGCUGUCGGGAGGACCGAAUUCGGUGCACGUGGACGAUGCGCCGAGCGUGCCGGAGGGGUUCUUCGAGUACUGCGCGCGCGAGUCGAUACCGGUGCUGGGGAUCUGUUACGGGAUGCAGCUCUUGGUGCAGCGACUCGGCGGCGUCGUGGAGGCGGCGCGCGGGAAGGGGGAGUACGGACGCAUGCCGGUGGUGUAUGAGAGCUCGGAUUCGGUGCUGUACGGCCAAGGGUCGAAGGCGGGCGAGCGCGAGCAGGUGUGGAUGUCGCACGGGGACGAGGCGACGAAGCUGCCGGAGGGAUUCGCGUGCGUGGGGAAAUCAGAGGCGGGCGCGGUGGUCGCCAUCGAGGACCCGAAGCGAAAGUUGUUCGGGUUGCAGUAUCAUCCCGAGGUGACGCACAGCGAAAAAGGGUUGGACACCCUGAGAAGGUUCUUAUUCGACGUCGCGGGCGUGAGCGCCGGGUGGUCGAUGGCGAACGUGCUCGAGGAACAAAUCGCCAUCGUCAAGGAAAAAGUCGGCCCGGACGCGCACGUCAUCUGCGCCUUGUCCGGUGGCGUCGACUCCGCCGUCGCGGCGACGCUGGUGCACAAAGCCAUCGGCGAUCGCUUGCACUGCGUCUUUGUCGACAACGGGUUGUUGCGAUACAAGGAGCAAGAGCGCGUCAUGGAGAUGUUUCGCGACAACUUGCACCUCCCCGUGGAUUGCGUCGAUCACUCCGAGCAAAUGCUCACGCGUCUCAAGGGCGUGACUGAUCCGGAGAAGAAGCGCAAAAUCAUCGGCGCCGAGUUCAUCGAGUGCUUUAAAAACUUCAAGGGUGAGAUUGAAAAGCGCACGGGCGUGCGCCCGACGUUUUUGGUGCAAGGGACGCUGUACCCGGAUGUCAUCGAGUCGUGUCCGCCCCCGGGCAGCGAUCAAAAGCACUCGCACACGAUCAAGUCGCACCACAACGUCGGCGGCUUGCCCAAAGAACUCGGUUUCGAGCUCGUCGAGCCGCUUCGCAUGCUUUUCAAGGAUGAAGUUCGCAAGUUGGGCGCCAUCAUGGACGUGCCGCGCGCGUUUUUGGCGCGCCACCCGUUCCCGGGACCGGGGCUCGCGGUGCGCAUCCUCGGUGACGUCACCGCGGACAACGCGUUAGAUAUUUUGAGACGCGCGGACGAGAUUUACAUCAACACCAUUCGUGAAUUCGGGAUUUACGACGACAUUUGGCAAGCGUUCGCCGUGUUUUUGCCGAUUCGCACCGUCGGCGUUCAGGGCGAUCAACGGACGCACUCCUUCGUCAUCGGCUUGCGUGCGGUGACUUCGGCCGACGGCAUGACGGCGGAUUGGUUCCCGUUCGAGACCGAUUUCUUGAAGGAGGUCAGCACGCGCAUCACGAACCAAGUCAAGGAAGUGAAUCGCGUCGUCUUGGACGUGAGUAGCAAGCCUCCGUCGACGAUCGAGUGGUGCUAGGACGUAGUUUAUGAUAACGAUGAUGAGAGUAUGGCUCGUAGUUAUUCUCCAUCUGAUCCGGAGAUCUAAUGUGAUGUGAUGUGAUG